CCUAUUAUUUUCUCUCUCUCUCAACUGCUUGGACUGUCUGGUAGAAUCGUCCCUUCGCUCUCAGGGGAGCAGCUCUGUUCCUUCACUGUCAUUCUCUUCGUCUUCUGGGCGGAGAAAUGAGGAAAGUGCUGCUUAGCUCGCCUUUCAUGGAGAUUGGAGUUCUUCUCUCCAACUGGUGGGACGAGAUCAACGACUCUUCUCUGUGGCAGGACGCUAUUUACUACUUCCUCUGUGCUGCAUAUGCUCUCGUCUCCUCCGUAGCUCUGAUUCAAUUAAUAAGAAUUGAAUUAAGAGUGCCUGAAUAUGGUUGGACAACGCAAAAAAUUUUUCAUUUGAUGAACUUCAUUGUCAACGGAGUGCGUGCAGUUGUGUUUGGAUUUCACCAUCAAGUUUUUCUGUUGCAUCCAAAGGUAUUGAUUUUAGUGCUAUUGGAUCUACCCGGACUACUGUUUUUCUCAACAUAUACACUUCUAGUCCUUUUCUGGGCAGAAAUUUAUCACCAGGCAAGGAGUUUACCAGCUGAUAAGCUCAGGGUGUUUUAUCUUGUAAUAAAUGGCGCCAUAUACUUUAUCCAGGUUUGUGUUUGGAUAUACCUCUGGAUAGAUGAAAAUAGAGUUGUGGAAAUUGUUGGAAAGAUAUUUAUUGCAGUUAUAUCAUUUAUGGCUGCAUUAGGCUUCUUGCUCUAUGGUGGAAGAUUAUUUUUCAUGCUGAAGCGGUUUCCUAUUGAAUCUAAAGGGCGAAGGAAAAAGCUUCAUGAGGUCGGAUCUGUCACUGUCAUAUGUUUCACCUGUUUUUUGAUACGAUGCAUAAUGGUUUUUCUAGCAGCAUUUGAUACGGAUGCAUCUCUUGACGUUUUAAAUCAUCCAAUUUUGGACUUGAUCUACUAUCUGCUGGUUGAGAUCCUGCCUUCAGCUUUAGUCCUCUUCAUCCUUCGCAAAUUGCCCCCCAAGAGAAUAUCAGCCCAAUAUCACCCUAUCCGUUAACUAUAUUGCGUCCUGGAUCUUAUUCUAUUCUUUUGCCAAUUAGAUAUAAUUUUAAUGGUUCUCUCGCUCUGCCACAACACCACCCCCCCCACCAAAAAAAAAAAAAAAAUUCUGUAGUUAGAUGACGCUGAAGUUUAGCAGGAGAACCAGAUGCAGACAAACUAUCCAGCCAAAGUUUUCUGAAGCAGUUGAUUCAUUAUGGAUGCAAUUCUUCUGAUAUGUGUAAUGUACAGAGAUGCCGCUUGGAAAGGAUAGUUCUGGUUAAUUUUGGUAGGGUCUUUUUCUUUUCCAUUUUUUUUUUGGAUGAGGGAUUUAUUUUGAAUAGAGAUUUUCAUGUGGCUUAGAUGUAGGGGGUUGUUUUCAGGGUUGAGAUGCCAAGCGGUUACCUGGAACUGGAAGUUAAUGAUGCCUCCGUUCUUUUCC